AUGGCAGUCCCAGAGACGAAAGAGCUCAAGGCUCAAUGGAAGGGCGAUAUUGAGCUGCCCGAGUAUACCAUGAAGGAUGUGGCUGCACACAACACGAAGACCGAUUUGUGGAUUGUGAUUCACGGACAAGUAUUCGAUAUCACGGAAUAUCUCCAAGAUCACCCUGGAGGUGCUGACGUUCUCGUUGAAACGGCUGGAACUGAUGCCACCGCUGCCUACGAGGAUGUCGGACAUUCAGAGGAUGCGCGCGAGAUCAUGCAGCCGUACCUGGUCGGUGUUCUCAAGGAUGCUCAGCAGUAUCUCCGCCCCAAGGCAGUCCGUGUUGUAUCACAGAAAGCGCCGGAGGAGAGCAAAGCAUCAUCUUCACUGCGAACCACUGGAAUCGUGGCCGGUGCGCUGGUCACGAUGCUCCCAGUGAUCUACAUCUCCACCCGAGGAAACGUCCACGGCUGGAAUGGCAUGGGUCUUUCACAGCUGCUUCCCCGUCAACUGAAGGGUCUACGCUUACCGCACGGUGGCUUUGUGAAUGGUUUCCUGGCAGCCAGCGCCGUCGCUGGCACGAUUGGUGUAAUGGUAGCCAAGCAGGCCAGCCGAUUCACCAAGAUCGACUCCGGUUUCAUGCGAUACCCGCCUCGCAUCAAGACCAAAAAGGUCGUUCGCAUUGACCCGCAUCUUACUCGCGGCUUCCUCGAGCCCCAAAAUUACCAGCGCAUCCCCCUGGUCGAAAAGGAUCAGCUAUCGUCCAACACAUUCCGCUUCGUCUUUGCUCUGCCCGAUGCCAAGAGCGUUCUCGGCCUGCCCAUCGGCCAGCACGUCGCCAUCAGAGCCGUCGUCGACGGUACCACUGUGACAAGAUCCUACACACCAACCUCCAACAACCUUGACCGUGGACGCAUCGAGCUGGUCGUGAAAUGCUACCCGGACGGACUUCUCAGCGGGUGCUACCUGGCCGGCCUCUCGAUCGGCGACGAAGUCGAAUUCCGCGGCCCCAAAGGCGCCAUGCGCUAUAGCAACGGACUCUGCCGCAAGAUCGGUAUGGUGGCCGGCGGCACAGGCAUCACACCAAUGUACCAAGUGAUCCGGGCAAUUUGCGAGAACGAAACCGACACGACCGAAAUCAGCCUAAUCUAUGCCAACCGCUCCGAGUCAGACAUUCUGCUCCGCGAAGAGCUGGAGACGUUCGCCCGACGCUACCCCAAGAACUUCAAGCUGUGGUACAUGCUGGACAGCGCACCAGAGGGCUGGGCCUACGGGACAGGAUACGUGGACCAGACCGUCCUGUCAAAGCACUUACCAGCGCACUCAUCAGACACGAAGAUUUUCCUGUGUGGGCCACCGGGCAUGGUGAACGCAACCAAGAAAAACUUGGCAGCGCUUGGCUUCCGGAAGCCCGGGACGGUAUCGAAGAUGAGCGAUGAGAUCUUCUGUUUCUAG